AUGAAGGACGGUCCGCACAUCCGACUCGGAUGGGGCAGAAGAGAAGCUCCACUCAACGCGCCCGUCGGAUUUGACGGCUACUCGUACGGCCUGACGGACAAGGCUGGAGACAAGGUCACUCUGUCCCGGCCUCUACCUUACGGAAGACCUUUCAAAGCAGGUGAUGUCGUCGGAAUGUACAUCAAGCUCCCAUCGGAAAGAGCGCCGGAGGACGAGAAUGAUCCCGCCAACAUCAAGCGCGAACGAAUCCCCAUUCGCUACAAAGGUCAGCUCUACUUUGAAAGCCUCGAGUAUCCACGCACAAGAGAGAUGGAGCAGAUGAUGGAACGUAGUCGCAAGGGCAACAGCAUCGAGGAUGCACUCAAAGGCAUAGAAGGCACUGGCGUGUUUGAGCCGUCAGACCCACAGUCUUCUGCUACCGCUGUCGCAGAAAGUGCCAAUGGAGUUUCAUCCGUCGUCAAUGGCAACGGCAGCAGCACCGCAACAGCAGCUAACAGCGGAACUUCGGGCGGUGGAGGAUCUGCCAAAGUCAAGAAUCGCAAAAACCCCGGCACAAAGGAGAAACCCUCCGGUCCGACAAUACCUUCGCUUCGACCUAUACCCAGUUUGCAAGGAUCCAAGAUCGGCUUUUUCGUCAAUAGCGAGCCGCAAGGGAUUGCCUUUCGCGAUAUCUUUGACUAUCGUCCACUCCGUGUGAAGGGUUUCUCGGGUUUGAAGCCUGCUCCGUCGAAAUCGACAACCUCGUCCUCCCGCCCGGGCAAGCAAGAGCCGGCGAAAAAGGGAGAAUCAACAGAGCCAGUCAUCAACGUGAAACCGCGCGAAAAUGUGUUUGACGAUGGAGCUCUCGGUUACUUUCCCUUUGUCUCGAGCUACGGUGGAGCCAGGGCAAAGCUGAUCACCGGCGAGGAUGGGUUCCGAUUCCCACCGCCGGAUGACAUCGAAGCGGCAUUGGAGAGCGUUUCUCAGCCUCCGUCAGACUCGGCUGCGAUCAAGCAGGAAAGCUCCGCAGGCGGGAUGGGAAGGAGAUGGAAACCGCUAUCAGCGAGAUUCGAGGAGCACCUAUCCGAGAUGUGGGCGUACGAUCUGCAGGACGAAGCAAAAGCACAAGCUGUUGCCGAUAAGCAAGCCGAAGAGAAAGCGAAACGAAACAAUGCUGCUAAGGAAAGGUACGCAGCGGCGAAGAAGAAACAUGCUGCUGCGUUGGCUCGGAAUGCAACUGCCAGUCCGGCUCCCAGUCAGCAUGCAGGUGGGGAGGGGGACCAGGAGGAGGGUGAUCGGACCAUCGUGGCGGGGGAGCAGAGUGGGAUGGAUCUGGAUGACGACGUGAAGAGUGGCAUCGUUGACGGGCGGAACGGUGUGGAGGACAUGCCUGAUCAAAGUGCGAUCGAGGUGAUGGAUGUGCGCAAUGCUGAACAUGCCUUUGAAGCGUCUUUGGGCGAGGUGAAUACUCCACCGGAAACGCGACCGGAUGCAGCGCAACACUCUUGGUCGAACUCCCGCGAUGCAACGCCAGAUGAGGAGAUCAGGUUGGUGCAGUCGGCGAAAGUCGAGGAGGACGUGGAGAUGGAUGAUUUGCGUUCUUGA